CUAGUUAUCCUAUAUUGCCUCAGAAAACCAUGUUACUUCAUCCUAAACCUUUUUUUUUCUUUCCUGGUACUUCCAAUCCCAAGCUCAGUUCAGAUAACUCAUGGGUUUCUUCAAAUUGGUCUCCUUUAUUUUCAUCCUUAACUUGUUUGGUUCAACACCCACUUUCUCAUAUUCUUCUUCAACCUCAAAUGGCCUAUCAGAAAUCCCCAAGAGGUUUCUCCAAUAUGCCAAGAAUCCCGAACUGUUUGAUUGGAUGGUGAGAAUCAGAAGGAAAAUACAUGAAAACCCAGAAUUGGGUUUUGAAGAAGUUGAGACCAGUAAGCUUAUCAGAACGGAAUUGGAUAAGAUGGGUAUUCCCUAUAAGUAUCCAGUUGCAGUGACUGGUGUUAUCGGCUUCAUUGGGACUGGUCGAGGCCCUUUUGUGGGCAUAAGGGCUGAUAUGGAUGCUCUUUCUAUGCAGGAAAUGUUGGAGUGGGAGCACAAGAGUAGAAUUCCUGGGAAGAUGCAUGCUUGUGGGCAUGAUGCCCACGUUGCAAUGCUUCUUGGAGCUGCAAAGAUCCUUCAAGAGCAUCGUGAAGAGUUAAAGGGAACGGUUGUACUUUUUUUUCAACCAGCCGAGGAAGGUGGAGGAGGGGCUAUGGAAAUAAUAGAUGCUGGAGAGUUAGAGAAUGUAAAUGCUAUCUUUGGCUUGCAUGUAGCACCUAACUUGCCGGUAGGUGAAGUUCACUCUAGAGCUGGUCCCAUUGGGGCUGGGAGCGGCUUCUUUGAGGCUGUAAUAAGUGGAAAAGGUGGUCAUGCUGCCAUUCCUCAGCACUCUGUGGACCCAAUAUUGGCAGCUUCUAAUGUGAUUGUUAGCUUACAACAUCUUGUUUCACGUGAAGCUGAUCCGCUUGACCCACGGGUAGUUACUGUUGCAAAAUUCCAAGGAGGUGAUGCAUUCAAUGUUAUCCCGGAUUCUGUAAUAAUCGGCGGCACCUUUCGAGCAUUUUCAAAGAGAAGUUUUAUGCAACUCCAGCAGCGGAUUGUGGAGGUUAUCACAGGGCAGGCUGCCGUGCAGAGGUGUAAUGCAACUGUGAAUUUUUUCACACAGGCAAAAAUCUUCUACCCUCCAACCAUAAACCAUCAAGGUUUGCAUGACUACUUCUUAAAUGUGGCUGGGGAUAUGCUUGGCAGCCACAAAGUGAAGGACUUAAAACCACUGAUGGGAUCGGAGGAUUUUUCAUUUUACCAAGAGGUAAUACCUGGAUACUUCUUUUUGCUUGGAAUGGAGAAUGAGACACGUGGACGUCUAGAAUCAUUGCAUUCACCAUACUUCCAAGUUAAUGAAGAUGCAUUUCCUUAUGGUGCUGCUCUUCAUGCAUCACUGGCUGCUAGGUAUCUGCUUGAAUUCCAACCGGAGGUUUCUUUUUCCGAAGUAAAAAAACAUCAUGACGAGUUGUAAAUGUUUCUCGACUAAUGUUCUACCUGUUCAGAUUCCUCACUGGCCUUUGGCACGACAAAAUUGUCGUCAGGCAUUGGGUUUAGAUUUUUAAUUGAUUCAGUUGUAAAUGAAUUCCAAGUUUUAAGUUCAAAUCAUCUAUGCAAUAUACUCUAGGCUCAU